AUGGCUUCUAACCCACCAGGAAAGUGCUGCUUCACCGGAUUUCGCCACAGCGGUGAUGCGAAGGGCAAGCACACUACCGUUUUCGACUUAGACACCUACGUGACUGGCAAAGAAUCUGACGAUAAAAUUCUAGUCAUCCUGACCGAUGUGUUCGGAAACCGGUUCAACAAUGUGUUGCUACUUGCAGACGCUUUCGGAGAAGCCGGGUACAAGGUUUUCAUUCCAGAUAUUCUGGACAAUGAUCCGAUUGAUCUCGGCAAAUCACAAGAUUUCGAAGCGUGGAAGGCCAAGCACAACGCAGAUUUUACCAGGAAGAUCGCUGAGCCUUUUGUGAAGGCGGUAAAGAGUGAACUAAAGCCCAAGUUUCUCGGCGUCGUGGGGUACUGCUUCGGUGCCAAGUAUGCCGUUCAAUUCAUCGACGAAACGACGGGCGCUGCUGAUGCGGCAGCGAUCGCGCAUCCAUCUUUCGUGAGCAUGGAUGAAGUUGCCGCUAUCGGCAAGAAACCGCUCUUGAUCUCGGCAGCUGAGAAAGACACUAUUUUCCCACCCGAAAACAGACAUGCUACUGAAGCCAAGCUGCAAGAGAUUGGCGCCGUUUACCAGGUUGAUCUUUUCAGCGGCACUUCCCACGGUUUCGCCGCCAGAGGUGACAUUUCGGAUCCAGUGGUCAAGUACGCUAAGGAGAAGACGUUUUAUGACCAAGUUUUCUGGUUCGACCAUUUUUCUGCUUCAUCUGCUUAA